GAUAAAAACGUGAUUAAAGUCUCGUGGUGAAAGUAUAUAACUUAUUUGUAAUUAUCAUCUGCGCAUGCUCUUAUUGCGCAUCGUAUCGAUCAUGCCUGACUCGUAUUUGCCGCAUUACUUUUCUUUAUAUUGACAUAAUAUCAACAACGAUAAUAUUUAUAUAUUAUCGUUGUUGUUUAUACGAAUUAACUCGUUUGUCUCACUUGAACUACUCAAACUAAUCACUUCAUUAAAUAACUCAUUUAACAAUGUCUUCUUUUUGCAUACAUUCCGAUGUAUUAAAUACGACCUGUUUAAUACAUUCGGUCGCAAAGAGGAACUUUUUCAUAUUUCAAACUAAUUAUGCAUAUCAUCGUCGUUAUCUGUGAAAAUGGUGCACGUCAUUGUUGAGCGAUAACCGCGACGAGCGACAGUGAGGGGGAUAUCUUCAGUCGUUUAUCGCCUAGUUAUCGCAAAGUCGUCGCAAAGGUGGAAGCUUAUUGCUUUUCAGUUUUUUUUUUACGUUGCAAAACUGUCUGAACAAUUCCAUUCAGAGUUGUGAUUUCAUUGCAACAAACACGAGCAUCCUUCGGUACGACCGUCGAAUCAAGAGUGACAAUCGCGAUCCUUUUAACGUAUUGAUCGACAUAUUAAAAUUAAGCAUAUCUUAUCGCUUGCAAGCGGCGCUCUGUAUGCGUUGUGCAACCUGCAGGAAAUUAAUGCAGACUGAUUUGGAUUUUUCGUAUUUCGUUCUGACGGAACGUAUUUGAGCGUCAUUUACAAACAGGACAGAAGUGGGCUGGAUAAACGAUGGGUUGACAUGAAUUGAGAUACUUUCGUUUGCGCUCAGGUUUCCCUGAUCUGUUAGUGCGACGUAAAACAAUGUAAACAUCUGUUUCGAACGAUAUACGAUGCUUGACGAAUCGAUAGAUUCGCUAGACAAAAAUUCGAUCGCAUCGUCGACUAUUGACACUUUGCCCUGAUAAUCGAGCCUGAUGUGUUAAAAAUAAAUCCACAUCAAGAAGAUGUGAGCAGCGGCACUUUGUUGUGUAUCAACUCGGAAAUCGUUUAUCAUUGUAAACAAGUAGUAUACACUUGCGAUAAGUCGUAUAGAUUAAUAACGACUGCGAGGAAGAAAUUGCCUCUCCAACCGUCUCAUAUUCAGGAUGUUUUUUCUGAUUUUGUUGGAUGCGGAUUGCUCCGGCCGCAUGCUGGCUACUGUCCUGGUCGCGUGGGUGACGACGGCGAUGAUAGCCUCGAUAUUAUUGCAAUGGGAGCACAUGUGGAUCGUUUUGGUGAUAUUGACGCUGCUCUUCUUCAUGGUUUGCGGAUACACCGUCUACACCGUCAAGAGAACUCACGCGAGAAUUAUAAUCGAGCAGCAAAGAGCGGCGAUUCGGACUAUCUCGGACAUUACUGCCAAUCGCAGACAGCAGGCGGGAUCGUCGCCGUACAUGGUGCAUUUGACUCCAGAUUUACCGCCCUCUUACGCAUCUGUGGUAACCGUUCAGGAAGCAUCGACUCGAGCAUCAAACACCGACGAUUCACUCGGCCAGGACAAAUUCGAGGAUCCCCCGCCCUAUUCCAUCGUGAUCGCUUCUACAAACGUGCAAGAACAAAACACCGAAAUCUCGGCUGAAGAGCAUGUGCCGCCACCAGCUGCAUCCACGAGAAAGGACGACGCUACCAUUUCAACCAUUUCUACUUCCGCCCUCGUCUUCGCAUCUCAUACGUGUCCAAAUCCGAGUUGAUUUACGAUUAAUUAAAUUAGUCUCACAAAAAACGUGCAAACGAAUGGAUUUUUUUGUAAGAUCGUUCACAAUCGCCUAAAUCUUACUCUCGUAACGAUCACUAUCUCGAAGAUGUCAUUAAAGAGAAAAGCUUCAACGAAGCGAAGCGAUCGAUCGCAAUUUGAUUGUGCAAAAGCGUGUUUACCGUGAACAAAAAAAAUUGCGACAUCUGUUUCGUUGAAAAAACUUUAGUGCAUCUCUUGUAUCAACGAUAUUUUUUCCCCACUUGUUUCCUUAUGCUCAUUUUACAGCACGCAGAAUUUUAAUUAAAUUGAUUUAAAAUUCCCAUGUUCUUCCUUAGCAAGCGCAUCUUCUACAGCGUUAUAUGUAUUUGUAAUUUUUCAUAGCAAUUGUUAAAGUAAAGACUGAGACCGAGUUGUAAUAACACAAUUGACCCCUUUUCAGUAUUGCACGUAAUAUUCAAAGAAACCGAAACACCCCACGCGAAUCUAAAUAUCUAGAUCGUCUUUUUAAAAAAUCUAGAAAAUAUGCUAUAUGUCGAAUAAAAAUAGAUAAAAAUAAA